UGAAAAUGAGUUUAAUAUUGUUUACUACGUUUUCGCGAAGGAAUUAUUAGAAAAUCGUGACCAGAUCUCUCUCGUCAGACCACUUUUAACGACUGGAAUAUGGCAAAAAAUAUUGUAGACGUCCCAAGGGAUGAUUUAAGUAAGUUAUCGGAUGAAGAACUGGUUAAAUGUAGCAAAGAGGAGCUGCUUAGGAGACUCCGGAAAGUGGAUGGUGAAAAGAUCCACUUGAUGGUGGAACACGGGAACAUGAUGAAGGACGUCAAUCGGAGAUUACAAGUGCAUCUCCACGAAAUACGGAGUUUGAAGGAGGUCAACCAGAAACUGCAAGAAGACAACCAGGAGCUUAGAGAACUGUGCUGUUUCUUGGAUGAUGAUCGGCAGAAAGGAAAGAAGCUGUCCAGGGAAUGGCAGAGAUUUGGCAGGCACACUGCCAGUGUUAUGUGGAAGGAGGUUGGUAUAUUCCAACAAAAACUGAAAGACCUAGAAACCAACCAAGAGAGUAUGAUAAGAGAGAAUGUGGAGCUGAAGGAAAUCAUCCUCAUGUUGGAUGAUGAGAGGAAUGGAGCCGGGUCCAGGAGCUCCAUAGACAGCCAAUCCAGUCUGACCAAUCUGAACGGAGGUUCUGCUACUGUGAGGGAUGUUGGAGAUGGGAGCAGUACCUCCAGCACGGGCAGUGCUGGAAGCCCUGAUCACCACCACAGCCAUAUUCACAAACCUUCAGAGGGAAAGAUCAUGUCUAUCAGGAGGUCUAUGGAUGAUCUAUCAACCAACCAUUUUAUCAGAAGCAUACCGAAUGGCCUCAACGAUUCAUCUUCAAACUACAUCCGCCAACUUGAGUCUAAAGUCCAGAUUUUAGAGGAAGACAACAAGCAAUUGUUAUCCCAGCAAGGGAGCAUGGGAGAUCUGAAGACACUUCGGAAAGGGCUGUCCCUGUAUCACUCAGAGUCCCAGCUCUCCUCACUAUCCCAGUUUCAGGACACCUUACAGAAUGGAUCUACGCGGAUGCCAGGAGGUGAUCUACUGUCCCCCGUCACCGGAUACCUGCCGGCAGCACAGAAACCAGAAGCUGUUGUACAUGCCAUGAAAGUAUUAGAAGUCCACGAAAACCUAGACAGGAAGCUCCCAGAGGACUACGAGGAGGAUCUCAGUGAGAAAGAGAAAGCCAUUGUCAGAGAAAUGUGUAAUGUUGUGUGGCGUAAGCUCGGUGAUGCGGCAGGAUCCAAACCCUCCAUCCGCCAACAUCUCUCUGGGAACCAGUUCAAAGGCCCUUUGUAGCUCCUGUGUCAAUGACCAGCAGGGCCUUGAACAAACAAUCAAAUCUGUGAAUAUGACGGGUGGAACAGACAUUCUCAGAACUCAGCAACUUUGUGAAACGACACAAAGAGCUUUGCUUCUACUGCCAGCUUCUUUCAGCCCAUGCCAUUCAGUUGAGACAUUUCAAACAUAUUACUUACAACACCAGGUGGUAGUUUAAUAUAUAAUGGACUCACAAUUAGCACAAGCUAAAUCAUAGCUCUAUUUAUGUGCACACCAUCCAAGUAUUCAUACAAGGCAGCUUAAUGGAUUCAUUUCUCAUUCCAGAUAGGGAAUGAAAGCACACAGCUCUUACCCCACAGGGAUACUCCUACAAGAUCCUUUCCACUCCUAAAAGCUUUUUGAUUUUGGCAUAAGACCAUACCAUAAUAUUCAA